GUCAUAAUGAGUUUGUUUGGUGCAUCCAAAUUGGCUACUACUUCAUCUGCACCCAUUUUUAGCUUCGGAACUGCUUCUUCCAGCACGGCUAAUAAGCCCGUUUUUGGGACAACGACUACGCAGUCUUCUUUGUUUAAUGCAUCUGUAGUGACGACCGUGCAGCCAUCUUUAUUUGGAACGGCUGUAGCGACCACUACGCAGCCAUCAUUAUUUGGCAUGCCCACGGCGACGACAACGCAACCAUCGUUAUUUGGCUCUAUAAACACCACAUCUUCACAGUUUUCACUGUUUGGAAAUACUUCUACAACUUCUGCCUCGAGUCAGCCUGGUGGAUUAUUCGCUCCAAAAAUGGGAACAGCAACAGGUAUAUUAUCAUCAUCAAAACCAGGUGGCAUAUUUAGUACUCAAACUUCAACGCAGCAGGCACCUCAGUUUUCUACAGUGCAGGAUCUCAUACAGAAUUCAGAAUAUCUCAUUCGAUCUCUAACGUCACCUGAUCUUUUCGGAGAUGAAAGAGAUGGAGUUGUUGCGAAAUUGAAUCAGCUUUUAGCAGCAUGUGGAAUAGGCGAUGGAUAUCAUAGCGGAGAUCAAAAACCUGUUGCUUAUAAUAUGGACAAUCCCUUUUAUCAAUUUAAAGCCGUAGGUUACAGUAGACGGAGUGAUUAUGCUGACAUUGAUGGAAUAGUAGCAUUAACUUUAGGAAUAAAUUAUGAACAGCUCUCAACAGUUGCUCAAAGACAAAAGUUUAUUGAUUCAAUGAAUAUUGUUUUGGGUAAUAAUACCAAUGUGCGAUGUCACAUUGAACUUAUUCGUCCACUUCCAGAUAACCAAACUGAAGUUUUACUUUAUGUUAUAGAAAAAGGGAAAGGCAGGCCUAGCAGUAAAGAAUUAUGUGCCUAUCUCAAACAACCUACACAAGAAACACAAUUAAAAAAUCACUUUUGUGUAGUGACCAUUGUACCCCGAACCACAAUCGAUGGAGCAAAAAAAGAUGCUUUUGUAAAAAAUCCCCCUCCUGGAUUUGAUGCACAAGUUUGGCAGCAAGCUGUUCGUGAAAAUCCAGAUCCUGAAAAAUUGCUUCCAUAUCCGAUUCGGGGGUUUGAACAGCUGCGAAAACGACAAGAUAUGCAAGCAGCAGAAAUACGCCUCGAAGAACGUGUUUUUGAAGAUUUGAAGCAGAGAAUUUCAAAAAUCAGUAAUGAAUUGAAUGCAGGAAAAAAUGUCUUUUCUUAUCGACAGCAGCGACACAAAGAAUUAUCACAUCGUUUACUUCGUUGUUUAGCAAUGCAGUCACUUCUUAUGCAAUAUACGCUCAAUAUUGAUGAUGUCGAAGAAAAUCUUGAGACACGUCUUGAAGCCUUAAAUGCAUCCAUCAUAGGUCCUCAGCAAAUCAAGAGUCGCAUAACUAACUUGCUGGCCAUAUUACACGAUGAAUCAGAAACUUUGAAAGUGCGGGAUUGUGUCAGUCUAAAACUCACAGAGAAAGACAUAAAACUAAUUAAAAAUGAAGAUGUUUUUUCCAUUUGUCGCGAAAAAAUAGAUGACAAAAAAGUUCUUAAUUUUAUUUGCAUGGGAUUAUAGAA